GUUUGCGGAAGUAGGACGCUGCAUUAGCCUGUUAGCUCAAAUCCAAAACAGUGGAGAUGUUUUGUUGUUAAAUCUUCGGGGGAUCGGAUAUAAUCCCGGAAAUCACUUUGACUGUGUCCGGUGCUCAUACCUCAUAUCUGUGUGUGUUUGUCAGACGGUUGGAAACAAGUGAAACAGCUCAGCGGCAGAGAUGGAGGAUUCUAGUGGCACCGGGGGAGAGACUGUGGCUGCAUCACCAAGUGCACCCAAGUCAAAGCUGGACACACUAUCCAAAGAUGACCUUAUCAAGUUUGCCAAGAAGCAGAUGGCAGCUAUGCAGAAAAUGAAAAGCAAAUGUGCCGAUUUAGAGAAAGAAGUAGAAUCUCUCAAACAGCAACCGAAAAACAGUAACAGCAGUUCAGAUGACACGCUGAUACAGGAGCUGACUGAGAGAAUGGAUGCUUUAUUACUAGAGAAGGCAGAAACUCAGCAAAGCCUUUCAUUGACUCGUAAAGAUCUGGAGAAGACUAAACAACAAGCCAAGGAUGACCUAGCAGCACUGCAAGGAGAGCUGGACCGUGUGAUAGCAGACCAUCAGAGCAGGAUCCAGGCACUCGAGAACAGCAUCGAGGAGUGUAAUAUUAAACAUAAAGAAGAAGUUGCAUCUUUCCAGAAACUACUGAAAGAGCGAGAGGAGAGUGACAGGGAGAGAGAAUGUGAAAGAGAGAGGGAACGUACUGCUGCAAAAGACAGCACAGAAGAAGUCCAACGAUACUUGGAAGCUCAGUUAGAAACCCUUCAAGCUGAACUUGAAGCAAUUCAAAAUCAAAAAUCCAUGGAGUCGUCUGAGCUGCAAGAGAGCUAUCGGAGUGAGUUGACGAAGGCCCAGCAGGAGGUGGAGAACCUGAGGGAGGAGCUGGCUCAGAAGAGCUUGCAGCACGAGGAGGAAAUGAGAGCCCUGGAGGAAGACUGCGAGAUCGAACGGGAGCGUCUGCUGCUACUCCACGAGGAGCUGACUGAGCAGCUCGCACUCAAAGACAGCUAUUUGCAGGAUGUACAAGAGGAAGAUGAAGAGCCUCCUCGUGGUUCAGGGAUCGCUAAAAUGUUGGAGUUGUCCCGCUGUCAGGGUGCGUCUCCACAUGGUGACGGAGACGAGACAGACAUAGGAAGACUGAAAGCAGUGGUGGACGAUCUUCAAGCCCAGAACACCAUGUUACAGGAUGAGCUGACCCUGCUCAGUAACGUUAAAGGUGAGCUGGAGGCUGAGCUGGAGAGGACCAGAGAAGAGUUCCAUAUGGAGAGAGAGGAGCUGGAGUUCAAAGUCAAUGAGCUGCAGAUGAACCGGGAAGGUACCAGCACUGACUCGACAACUCUCAGUCUUAUGAGUACUGAUGGUGGUGAACACAAAGAAGUCCUAGAUGAGUUCCAGCUCCAGGAUCCUUUUGCAUGUCCGUCCAAAGAUCCAGCUGUUGGUCCCAAAAAAGACCAAAAUCUCUUAAAUCUUGAGGAGCAGCAAAAACUGAACCAAGAGCUGAAGGACCAGUGUGAGGCCUUGGCCAGGGAUCGGGACUCGAUCCUGGCUGAGUGUCAGCAGAUGAGGGACAUCCUUCAAGGUGUGGAGACAGAGCUGGGUCAGAAGACAGAAGACUUUGUUCUUCAGUACAGCGCCAUGAAGGAACAGGGGGCCAGGGCUGUUCAGGAGCUCCAAGAUAAGGUUCAACAACUCGGUGAGGAGAGGGAUGGACUAGAGGAGAGGGUCAGGGAGAUCACAGAGGAGAAACACACCUUGAUGGAAAACAUGGAGGACCUGAAGGUAAAGUUUAAAGCUCUCCAAGAAGAGGAUCAGAAAGUCUCUGAAGAUGUAGAGGAACAAAAAAUUGUUGCCUCUGAGCUGAAACACUCUGUAGAGGAACUAACCAGACAGAAGGAGGAGUUCCUUUCCCAGCUGCAGGUGAAGGAGAACAUGGCUGAAGAACUGAAAAAGACCGUUGACACGUUGGUUGAAGAGCGAGACAAAAUACAAUCUGUGCUUCAACUUCGGGAAGAGGAAAUACUAAGACUUAACAGAGAAAGAGCCAAAGAAUUCGAAAGCCUGGUGGAGGAGAAGGAUGAGGAUUUGAAAAACCUGAAACAAGAGAGGGAAGAUGAAGUUCAGCAUCUAAAGGAAGAGCGAGAAAAGAUGGAGGAGAGUCUGAGGGAGGAGCUGGGAAGGUCAGAGCAGACUAUUAAAAACCUCUCAACUGAAAACGAUGACCUGCACCAGAAAAUGGAAGGCAUGUCCUCACAGCUUCUCCAACUCCAGGAAGAGAAGGGACUUUCCAAUUCAAAGUUGGCAACGUUGGAGGCUCAACUGGAACACGAAACCACUGAGAAGAAAGACCUCGAGGUGAAGUUGAAUGCAUUAACAGAGGAGGUGUCACAGGCCCAUGAAACCAUCAGAGCUCUGGAGCAGAAUCAAUCUGAAGUAGUUAGAAUCUCCACUGAGGAGGUCCAGGAGCUCCAGACACGUAUAGAUGAGCUGGAGAAAGAGAGAAACCUGCUGAGGGUUCGGCUUGAAGAGGUCAAAGGGGAGGUAAGAAUGAAGGUGCAGGAGGAGCUCCAGGUUCAUAUCAAAGACCUGGAGAAGGAGAGGAACAUGCUGCAAACCAACCUGGAGGAGGUGGUGAAGGACACUGAAGCUCUACAGAAAGACCUGGAGGAUAUGAAAGCUGUCAACGAGAAGAUUAAUGAAGAAAACAAGACGCUCCAGACUCAAAUUUCUCUCCUAACUGAAGAGAAAGAAGAAAAACAGAAAGAGGAACAGGAGCAAGAGAUGGAGAACAUGGAAAAAGAGAGGAGAGAAUACAAAGACCAGCUGACAGAGAAGGACUCGCUCAUAUCUCAGCUGAGGGACGAGGUGGCUGCUCUUCAGAAGUCUGCUGCCCAAUCGGUUUCUUCUGAGGAAAAUAUUGACAGUGACUUCGCAAAUAAAAUAGCUCUUCUGGAGAAAGAAAACAAAGAAAGGGAAGAGAAGAUGAAUAAAAUCAAGGCAGUCGCUGUCAAAGCAAAGAAGGAACUGGACUCCAGCAAGAAAGAGAUUGCUACCCUUAAGGAAGAAAUAGAAUCACUGAAAGCAGAGAGGGAGAGGGUCAACAGCUCAAUGAAAGAUAUCAUUCAUGGUGCUGAAGGCUACAAGAACCUGCAGAUAGAUUACGACAGGCAGACAGAGCGACUGGAUAAGGAGAGAGAGAAGGUGGAGGCGGCGGAGAGACAGAUCGCUGAGCUGACCAAACGACUCAGCAAUGCUGUCACACAGAACGAGACGCUGAGCAGUGAGAAGGAGGACCUGCUGGCCGGCAUGGAGACCAUGAGGAGCACAGUGAGGCAGAUGGAGGCACAGAACCAGGAGCUUCAAAGACAUUCAACCAGUCUGCAAAAAGACAUACAGGCUGAGAGAGCUCUGAAAGAACAUAAGAUUAAGGAGUUGUCAUCUGCCAUGAAGGACGUAGAGGAACUGACAGCCCAGCUACGCAAGCAGCAGCAGCAGUCUCAGCAGACCGCCCAGGAGCUGGAGCAGCUACGCAAGGAGGCGCAGCAGAGCUCUCUGUUGGACAUGGAGAUGGCUGACUAUGAGCGCCUCGUGAAGGAACUCAAUGGGAAACUUGCAGAAGGAGAAGAGUGUGUCGCAGAGUUCAAGUCUCAGAUAAAUAGUCUCAACCAGAGGGAGGACACACUCAAACAGGAGAUCGAGGCUUUGAAGACCCAGUUGGACCAAGGGGAGGAGAAGACCUCCAAGAUGAAACAGCUGCUGGUAAAGACCAAGAAGGACUUGGCUGAUUCCAAGAAACAGGAGUCCUCCCUAAUGAUGCUGCAGGCCUCCUUGAGAGGAGAGCUCGAGGCAAACCAGCAGCAACUAGAAAGCGCUAAGAUUGAGGUGUGUGAGCUGACAGCUGAGAGUCAUCGGUUGCAGGAGCAGCUCAGGUCUGCGUUGGAACAGCAACAAAGAACCAGCAGCUCCCUGCAACAACGAAUCAGCAUCCUUCAGCAGGAAAGAGACACUGCAAAGGCUGAACUGGAGACAACAGCAAGCGAGUUUGAGAGUUACAAGGUGAGAGUCCACAACGUCCUCAAACAGCAGAAGAGCAAAACCACAGCCCAGACUGAAGGAGAUUCUGGCAAAUUAGAGAGGGAGCAGCUGUCGUCUCAGGUAGAACAGCUGAGGUCCAGGUUGGCUGAGAGCCAGCAGAGCCUCCACAGCACCACAGCUGAGCUGCAGCAGCUCCAGACCGAGCACGACACUCUGCUAGAGAGACACAACAAAAUCCUCCAGGAAACUGUUAGCAAAGAAGCAGAGCUGCGUGAGAGGCUGCUGUCAGUGCAGUCAGAGAAUGGGUCUCUCCGGGCAGAGGCGAACCAGGCUCAGGCCGACCUGUCCAACCAGGUGGAGGCCCAGCGUCAAACCUACAGGGAACAACUGAGGAAGCUGCAAGACGAGCACCGAGCCACUGUGGAAACCCUGCAGGGUCAGCUGACCCGCAUAGAGGAGCAACUCUUCAACCUGCAGAGCCAGAACACUGAACCGGGUGCUGUGUCGGCCCAGUCCAGCCGGAAGCCCCUGGUGUCAGACCCCCAGCGCAGAAACACAGAUCCAAACCAGGCAGGUCUGGGACUAGUGGUCCUCAGUGACCUCCAGUCUAUGGCCAGAGAGGAGGGAGAAGGCAUGGAAAUGACAGAAACUGAGAGCCCCUCACCAACUCUUACGCCCCUACCCUCCCUAGAGCAACUCCUUACAUCCCCAGACCCCAAACAAGAGCCAUUUGUUUGGACGGUGGAGCCAACCAAAGAAGAGUUAAGUCAAAAGCUGAGCACAGCCACUCGCAGCAUGGAGCAUAUGAACAGCCUGCUGCAUGAAACUGAAGCCACCAAUGCAGUUCUCAUGGAGCAGAUCACUCUGCUAAAGAGUGAAGUUCGCCGUCUUGAGCGAAACCAGGAGAGGGAGAAGAGCGUGGCCAACCUGGAGUAUCUGAAGAACGUCCUUCUGCAGUUCAUCUUCCUCCAGUCUGGCAGCGAGAGGCAGGCGCUUCUGCCCGUCAUUCACACAAUGCUGCAGCUGAGCCCAGAGGAGAAGAGCAAACUGGCGGCUAUUGCACAAGGUGAGGAAGAGGGAUCUGGAUCUAGGGGGACGGGCUGGACCUCCUACCUCCACAGCUGGUCUGGGAUCAGAUAGACUCAAUGACCAACCUGACACUGGACGCAAGAUGUUACUGAGCAUUUUUCUGUGAAAAUUUGUACUUAAGGGAUCUACAGAAACAUUAACAGAUGACUGGGAGAUUAAAUGGGUAAUUUACAUUUAUCUGUGACACAAUAGAAGGGACCAAGGAAUGUAUCGGUGUAAUAAUGAAGGAGGUAUGUAGUAGUGACACUCAAAACCAAAAUAUUUUACUUGUAUUGAUAUAAAUGUGCAGUGGAAUACACUUUAUUUACUAUGUAUGAUGAAAGCACUUCCUGUAAGUGCAGCUUAUAAAACGUAAUGUGUCAUUAUUAGUGCUAUGAAAACAUUCUGGGAGGAUUUAUUAAGUGUAUGUAGCAGGAGACUCACUGAACUGCAUCAUACACGAGUUGCACAAAUUUAAGUGGAAAUCCUUAAAAUUAAAGGUAUAAUGUCAACUUGAAAUAUUAAGACAUUUGGCAAGAAAAGUUUACUUACUACUUACACUUUAAAUGGGCAUUUAUUACCAAAUCCUUAAUGGACUCACAUAUCUUCUGCAUUUCAAAUAUAUUUGAGAGCAUAUUGCUGCAUUUUACCUUUUUUUUAAUUUAAUUUUUUUAAUUUUACUUAAAGCAGUCACUGGUUUCAGUCUCAUCGGCUAAAAAUAAACACGAGCCUUUUCUUAAGUAAACAUUUAAACAACAUAUAACGGAGCUUUUAAAUCUAAAUGCCAGACCUGCACAUCCACGGUUCAGCUUUUAGGGCUGAAACCUGUUCGACCACUGGUGUGUUUCCAAUGUGUGUUGUAAUCUCACUUCAGUUACAAAAGGUGCAUUUCUAACAUUCUCAGGUUCAUCUGACCAACAUAACUGAUUAUCUUCUCAUCAUAUUAUCCUGUUUUUGACUGACUGUGCUGUUUUUCAACAAUGACUCACAUCCUGGUUAUAAUUCACUGAGUUGUCUCAUCCUUCAGAGGUUGGUUUGUAAUAAUUUCUGUUUGUCCCUUUUUGAUUUACUGUAACUGUUGUGGAUGUUAUUUAAUACCAAAUUAUUAUGGCAGUGAUUUAUAUGUGUGUGUUUGGAAGUACUUGUUCAUUCGGUUGUCAUGCUGCUGUUGAAUUACUGGACGUGACAGAUUGCGUUGCAUGGUUAAUCUGCACACCUGUCUCAAUGAACUACCAUUUUCUUGCAAGCACAUUCAUCCUGCUGAAGUGUCCUUGAGCAAGGCCCGCAGAUGCUGUUUGUUACAAUGUCUCACUCUUUUAUCCUCUCUGUAGAGGCAGCAAAAAAAACCACAACAAAACAAAAAAACGUUCUGCACAAAGCACACAUUCACCCACAAGUCACCGGCUUCAGUUUUGUCAUUCCAGUGGCAGCUUUUUGGGAUUCCUUCAGAUUAAGUGAAUGUAUUUUUACCCCAGGCUUUUAUAUUUAUGACAGUUUAUGUUAACGAAAGCUGCGAAAUAUUCCUGCGACUGUAAAAUCUAAUCUGUAAAAUAAUAAAUGAGCAUUUUGAUCGACUGUUGCGAGUGACAGUGAGACUUGUUUUAUAAAAAGGCACCAGU